UACACAAUUACUAUUUAAUUCCACCCGAGUUGAGAUAAUAUUUGUAAGUUUUUUAAAUACAUAAAUUGAUGAAGUUGGUGGAAAAAGUUUUGAAGUACGUUUCACGGAACAAAAAGUUGAAUUUGUCUGAGGAAGAAGAAAAGCAUAAAAGAAUAACUUAAAUGAAGGAUAACCUCAAGAACAUUCCCAAAAAGAAAAGGAAAAGUGAAAUUUUUAUGACUAAGAAAAUUAUAAGUGAAAUUUGUAUGACUAAGAAAGGAAUAAUUCUAAGACGAGGAACCAUGAAAAUGUGAAGUAUUAGAAUAAUGAAAGUAAAAGCGAUUAGAAUAACUUCGGGCAUUGGACAUCUGUGAAAUCUUCCUAACGAGUUCUAUCUGCAUUCUCAUAAAUUUACAUUUCUCCCUUGUGUUCUCACAUUCAUUACAGUUAAGGCCAUUUUUUAGGGUUUAAAUUGAUCGAGAUCCAAAUAAAAUAGCAUAAGCUUUGGUUGGUGUUGUAGUAGUAAAUUUUGAUGAGAUGACCAGAAAAGAGAUAAACAAGGAGGUUUCUGCUGUCCUUAGCAUCAAAAAGGACUUUGAAUGGCUGAACAGGAAGCUCAAGAAUAUAAGAGACUAUCUAAGAGAUGCAGAUGUUGCAGAGAUUUCUGGUGAUGCAGAAGGUAAAGAUACUAAUGAUGAAAUCCACCAGUCCUCUCGUGCCUGUGCUUUCAGCUGUUCUCAAUUAACUCUUCGCUAUAAAAUGGGACGAAAGAUUAUUCAUGUCAAACAUAGAAUGAGGUCUUUUAUGGAAGCUGCAGAUCUGACUCAUUCAUAUCACAUCUUAUCGUUAUCAAGAAGUGAGUGUGGUGUUAGAUAGAGAUUGUGCUCCGAGAGAAGAUCCAGCUAUUGCCUUAUUCAAUCAGUUGGGAAUAGAACAAGCGCUUCAUACACUAAAAUGUAAAUUAGACCUCCUAAAAGAAAAUAAACUAAAUCAGGUGGAUUGUGGUGAGUUUUGUUGGUGCAGCUGCCAUUGCUAAUGUACCAGGCUUUUAUUUUCAUUUAUAGCACCUAAAUUGUCCACUUUAGGCCUCCUAAAAGAAGAUGCACUAAAUCAGGUGGAUUGUGGUGAGUUUUAUUGGUGCAGCUGCCUUUGCAAAUGUACCAGGCUUUUAUUUUCGUUUAUAGCUCAGUUAGGUGUCCUUUACAUGGAAUACACAGUAGCCCUAUAUUUGUAAAUUCAAAAACAGAUCGCCCCAUAUCUGAACUGUAAAAAAAUCCAUUUCAAUUCAUUUCCAUUUCCCUACUUGAUCUACUACAUCAAUUGCCACUCAAAUGCCUGAGCAACACACAGGCCUCAUUAGCAAAGGCAAAUUUGGUGGUUUGAAAUGUAAUUACA